UCGGCUUUGGUGAACAGGAACUGAUCCCAAGGACUGUUUUGUUGAUUCGUGCACAGUGUCAGAAACGCAAUCAUGCCUUUCGGAAACACCCACAACAACUUCAAGCUGAACUUCUCAGCUGCUGAGGAGUAUCCUGACCUUACCAAGCACAACAACCACAUGGCCAAAGUGCUGACCAAGGAGGUUUAUGCUAAGCUGAGGGACAAGCAGACCCCUACUGGCUUCACUUUGGAUGACGCCAUCCAGACUGGUGUGGACAAUCCUGGUCACCCCUUCAUCAUGACUGUCGGCUGUGUAGCUGGUGAUGAGGAAUCCUAUGAGGUGUUCAAGGAGCUCUUCGACCCAGUCAUCUGCGACCGCCAUGGUGGAUACAAGCCCACCGACAAGCACAAGACUGACCUGAACUUUGAGAAUCUGAAGGGUGGUGAUGACCUGGACCCCAACUACGUCCUCAGCAGCAGAGUCCGUACCGGACGCAGCAUCAAGGGAUACGCUCUGCCCCCCCACAACAGCCGUGCUGAACGCAGAGCUGUGGAGAAGCUGUCUGUUGAAGCUCUGAACAGCCUGGAUGGCGAGUUCAAGGGCAAGUACUACCCUCUGAAGUCCAUGAGUGAUGCCGAGCAGGAGCAGCUGAUCGCUGACCACUUCCUAUUUGACAAGCCGGUCUCCCCCCUGCUGCUGGCUGCUGGUAUGGCCCGCGACUGGCCUGACGCCAGAGGCAUCUGGCACAACGAUGAGAAGACCUUCCUGGUCUGGGUGAACGAGGAGGACCACCUCCGUGUCAUCUCCAUGCAGAAGGGUGGCAACAUGAAAGAGGUCUUCAGGCGUUUCUGUGUUGGCCUGAACAAAAUUGAGGAAGUGUUCAAGAAGCACAACCACGGCUUCAUGUGGAAUGAGCACCUGGGCUACAUCCUCACUUGCCCCUCCAACCUGGGCACUGGCCUGCGUGGUGGUGUCCACGUAAAACUGCCCAAACUCAGCGUGCACCCCAAAUUCGAGGAGAUCCUGGGCAGACUGCGCCUGCAGAAGCGUGGCACAGGUGGUGUGGACACUGCCUCCGUGGGUGGAGUGUUCGACAUCUCCAACGCCGACCGUAUCGGCUCUUCCGAGGUAGAGCAAGUGCAGUGCGUCGUGGACGGCGUCAAGCUCAUGGUCGAGAUGGAGAAGAAGCUGGAGAAAGGCGAGGCCAUCGACAGCAUGAUCCCCGCCCAGAAGUAAAGAAGCAAACUCCUGUUUCCUUUCCUUUUUUACACUAGUACAUCAUGCGGGCAGCACGCGGAGUGUCCUACUGCACCAUGAGAGACUGCUUGACCCGGUCCUUUUCUCCUUUUGCUCUUCUUUACCCGCUUCUUUCUUUCUUUCUUUUUUGACAUCCGGUUCGUCUCUGCUGUCAUCUUGGGAUCAGAUUCCUGGCGCUGGUGCAAAAAUGCCUAGCGUCUCAGUUUCGCCUCAAUUUGAACUUUGGUUGUAAAAAGUCAAAUCAGUCAAAUUGUGAAUCAAUAAAAGUGUACCCCAUAAAA